AUGUACAUGAAAGCAGAGGAGAGGUGGACGAUACCAAACAAUGGGUUUUGUCAAACUACAAAUGAUGCCAAGAAUCUGUUUACAGAAUUAUUCAUCAAUAAAAGUUACAAUAAACAAAUGAGACCUAUAAACGACCAAGAUGAUGCCAUUCUAGUGACUGUCGAUUUCGAGAUGUCCAGCAUUCAUGAACUUGAUGAGGUGGCAGAAAAAAUAGCUGUUGCAGGUUUCUUGGAUCUUAUAUGGUGGGAUGAACAGCUAGUUUGGGAUAGAGCGGCUAACAAUGAUAUUUACUACAUGUUAGAUACGAUUUGGAAACCGGACAUUGUAUUAAAAAAUGGUUUUCACAAGUUUGAAGAACUAGGCGGAAGUUUUUAUUAUGUCCGUGUUAAACACGACGGUCGAAUAUCUUGGUAUCCGUAUCACGUCUUUGAAAGUAAAUGUUACAUAGAUGUUACUUUUUAUCCAUUUGAUGAGCAGACCUGCCAUAUUAUAUUUACAAUUUGGACGUAUCGGUAUUAUGAAGUUGAAAUUCAUCCUGAUUCCAAAUUUGAACUUGACGAAUAUAUAGAGAAUAGUUUAUGGGGAAUUACUUCAACUUCGGUGCAGAUAAACAGGAUAUUAGGUAGCAGUGAGAUAAUUUUCACAAUUAAUCUACGCCGGAAACCUACGUAUUACAUAGUCAAUAUUAUAAUACCUUUAAUAUUCCUAGGCAUUCUUAAUUCCAUAGUAUUUAUUAUCCCUGCCGAUGCUGGUGAGAAAAUGUCAUAUUCAGUUACUGUGUUUUUAUCGUUCGCGGUAUUUUUAACAAUGAUAACAGCCCAACUACCUGUCAAUUCAGAAAGCACACCCAUCCUUAGUAUUUACAUCGUAGUUCAACUGAGUUACUGUAUUUUAGUUCGUGUCGUUAAUUCGUUCCAGUUAAGAAUACAUCACAGACAUGAAGGCAAUGAAAAAUCUAAAAUAUUUGUGUAA